UCGCUGUACCAGCUGCGGCUGCCAAGAUGGCGGCCUAUACGAUGUUGGUUCGGUUCACCGAUGGUUUUAUUUUUAAAAUUAAUACCACUUUGCUGCGUUCAAAUAACCUUCACUCCAGCGCAUCGCGAAGGUGCUUCAGCAUUUCUGGAAACAAGUUUACGACUCUGCCGACUCUGCGCCUUAUUUGUCCGAAAAAACAGCUUCUGCAGAGAAAUGUGCAGCUGGGGAAGCCACGAAAAUGCUUCCACCCGGGAGCGUCGACGCUCCUUCCCGCUCAAGUCGGGGGUGUCGCCAAAAGCGUCAGCGGCUGGUCCAUCAUCAAGCAGAUGUUCACCUACCUCUGGCCAAAGGAAAAGCCCGAAAUCCGCAGGAGAGUUCUGGUGGCAAUGGCCAUACUGAUUUUGGCCAAGGUGAUAAAUAUUGAAGUGCCAUUCAUCUUCAAAGCUGUGGUAGACUACCUAAAUGAACAAACUGGAACCAAGCUCACCCUCUCUGAUGCUUCAAGCACCUUGACAUCUGCUGCAUUAGCAAUGCUGCUUGGAUAUGGUCUCGCCAGGGCUGGUGCUGCCGGCUUCAACGAGCUGAGGAACGCAGUGUUUGCCAAGGUGGCCCACCAUUCGAUUAGGGAGGUUGCUCGCCGGGUAUUCGUCCACCUGCACAAGCUAGACCUCAACUUCCACCUGUCUCGGCAGACGGGAGCCCUGUCAAAGGCGAUCGACCGAGGCACCCGGGGUAUAAACUUCGUGCUCUCAGCUCUUGUCUUUAACAUUGUGCCAACCAUACUUGAAGUGGCCCUUGUCAGCUCUGUACUAUAUUACAAAUGUGGAGGCAAGUUUGCAGUAGUAACCCUGGGGUGCAUUGGAACGUACAGCGUUUUUACAUUUGCUGUGACACAGUGGAGGACGAAGUUCCGGAUCAAGAUGAACAAAGCCGAAAACGAAGCGGGAGCGCAAGCUGUCGACUCCUUAAUAAAUUAUGAGACGGUCAAGUACUUCAACAAUGAAAAGCUUGAAGCAAACAACUAUGACAAACUUUUGGCUCAGUACCAGGAGGCGUCGCUGAAAACGACCACCAGCCUGGCUGUCUUGAACUUCGGCCAAAACGCCAUUUUCAGUGCUUCACUCUCUGCCAUCAUGAUUCUCGCGAGCCAGAACAUCUUGAAUGGCAGCAUGACUGUGGGCGACCUCGUAAUGGUAAAUGGGCUCUUGUUCCAGCUGUCGCUGCCUCUCAACUUCCUCGGCUCCGUGUACCGAGAGGUGAAGCAGUCUCUCAUAGACAUGCAGACAAUGUUUGUGCUCAUGCAAAUCAAGACUCCCAUUGAGUCCGUGCCUGAAGCACCCCGCUUGAGUGUCGACAGCAGCAAUGCCACGGUUGCCUUUGAGGACGUCUCGUUUGGCUACGUGAAUGGGCAGCCAAUCCUCAAGAAUCUGAGCUUCUUAAUACCUGCGGGGAAGAAAGUUGCCCUUGUAGGGGGAAGUGGAACAGGGAAAUCCACUGUCAUACGUCUGCUGUACCGCUUCUAUGACCCAGACAAGGGCCGCAUCCUGAUUAACGGUCAGGACAUAAGGGACGUGAAUCUCGACAGCCUGAGAAAAGUCAUUGCAGUUGUGCCCCAGGACGCCGUGCUGUUCCACAACACGAUAGAGUACAACCUGCACUACGGGGACUUCUCCCGACCCAUCGAGGACGUGCAGAAGGCGGCGGACAUGGCGGAGCUGCACGACUCGAUCAUGGCAUGGCCCCAGCGCUACGAGACACAGGUGGGCGAGAGGGGCCUCAAGCUCUCUGGGGGAGAGAAGCAGAGGGUGGCCAUCGCCAGAGCCAUCCUCAAGAACAGCCCCAUCCUGGUCUUCGACGAAGCCACCUCCUCCCUCGACUCCAUCACCGAACAUAAAAUCAUGAUGGCACUGCGGAGGGCCUCCCUUGGAAGAACCUCCAUCUGCAUCGCCCAUCGUCUGUCCACGGUCGUUGACGCAGACGAGAUCUUGGUGCUGAGCGACGGCAACGUGUGCGAGAGGGGAACCCACCAGGACCUGCUUGCUUGUCCGUCCAGCUACUAUUCCAUGCUCUGGAAUCAGCAGCACCAGCCGGGCAUGGGACUUGCCGGCGGCACCAAAGACAAAGGCAUGGCCGCAUGAUUCGUGCUGCCCGUUUUCCGUCCACUUUGCCAAGCCGUGUGAUGCAAGGAGACUUGUAAAAAAGGAGCCUGAUGUUGACGGUUUUUAAAGGAGUGGAAUGCUAUGGUAUUAAUGCAGCAACUGUCAUGUUGCGUCGCGCUUUUUAAAUUCAUGCCUCGUGUGAAGUGCAAUGCUCUCCAACCUUCAUGCCGCUGCCUGAGUGCCUAUGGUCACUGACGGAAUAAGAUUGGCAGGUCGUAUCUUUCAAACGCCUGGCCUCCCGCACGCGCUCCGUGCCCUUGGCUGUGCUUUGGGUACGCUUGUGCACUCAAAAGUGCAAGGCAUCAUCGAAGGCAGGAAGCCUGUGCUGGAGGCAGGACAACUGAAGCCAUUCUCAGCUUGCCAGUGACUACUAUAGUGGUUAUCAGUUCAACUAUACCUACCACGUGAUGGAACAUGCUGCUCCUCGAGACACAGAAGAAAGGCCACUUGGGCCGCUCCGGUGGCCGAUUGAUUGUCGGGCGUUUUGGAUAUCUCUGUUAAUAUUGAGGAGUGUGCUAGUAAUCAUUUUGAUUUCUUUGGAGUCAUGUAGUAGUUGUUGCAAUAGAAGUGUUGAACAUUUGUGUGUGUGGCCUUCUUUAAUGGGCUCGCUACGCAUUGAUGCACCUCUUGGAACCGAUUGGUGCAUUUUUGCAGGCUUGACCACACAGUGUAAGCUUUGAAGUUUGUUCAGAGCAAGAACACAAGGAAUGUGACUUUGGAGGGAUGAGUUGACGAUUCAUAGAUUUCUCCUCGACAAUUGUAGAUGCCCAAAACAUCUCGGUGGUUUGAUUAUUUCUUGCGGAGUUUUCGUACGUCCUAUCGCAACUCUAUCCUAUGCGGCCACAUGAUUACCUUACGUCGCAUCACCACUCGGGCGCUUUUAUGGCUGCGUUUGGGUUGAGAAUCACUUUGCAUUGUUCUGGCAUUUUGCUCGAGGUAAUAAAUUAUUUUAUGAGGUUCAUUUUUGAAUAUAUGUACAGUUUAAGGAUUAUUGAAGGAAAGAAAGGUUUUGGUGUAGCUAAACUCUAAGGUAUGAGUUGCCUUGUCAUGGUGUAAAGUGUUCAUUUUGAAGUGACCUCUGCAGAAGUGUAGCUGCACUUGGGAACAACUUUUCUUGGCAAUGCAAUCAAAGGCACCUGCGCGUUCUCUCCCAUUUUGAGCGCUGGUUAAAGCUAUGUGCACGUUCUCCCCCUCUCGUCGGAAAUACCGAGAAAAGUUGUCCCCAAGUAUUAUGGCGAAGCAUUUUAACAUAGAUCAGUGCUUGAAAUCUCGACAUGGACAUGUGGUAGCAGUGAUUGCCUGGUAGUGUUUUCUCUAUUUUUGAUGAAGUGUAUGAGAAUGUUGAACGAGCCACAAACUGCAGGACUAUGUGAUGCUUCCAGUUCUUCUUGUUAUCGCAUUGGUGCAUCAUAUUCUUUUAAAGCGUAUCUUCCCUUGCCGUUUUUUUUUUUUUUUUGGCUUUUAGCGUAACAUAAUGCGAGAUUCAAAUUUAUCCAAAUAGGUCAAUCUGAAUUUUUUUUCUAUAUUCUUUUGGUGCACAAAAAAUUAUGUCCAGGCUAUGAGAGCUCUAUUUUUGUAUAGUGCAUAUGUUAGAUUUAGAGGCAAACUUGUAAAAAAUUUUAUUAUGUGUGUUGCAGGGAAUGGGGUUCUUUUGGGAGUUCAAAGAUGCUUCUUAAUUUUUAUUGCAAUUCUUGUUUGAAUAAAUGAAAGAAUUCAUGAAUAAGACACUUUUUGUGCUUUGUACUGAGGUGCACAAACGUUUUACAUUUUAUUUGUAAUAAUGCAGAUACGCCCACUUCUUAUUCCUGGCUUCCUGCAAUUUUUUUAUAAUGUAGCCCAAAAUAAAAAUCCUAGGU